UUUUACGACGUAACGUAUUACGUAUUCAAAGAUGGCGGCGCGCAGUGUGACAGGUCGUGUGUUGUGAAACAUAGCUAGUUAUUCUCACAGUGACAGUAUGUUAGGUUUGUUAAGAUAGCCAAUUACACGUUUUUCAUAAAUAAUACUGAUGUGGCAUUGUUUAAGAAUAUGUCACAACGUUAGCGAUUGAAUGCGGUGAAACAAUCUUAAGAUGGUAGCAAGUACCUGAAUGGCACUUUAGGAAACUGUCUCCAACUAGAAAAAAACCUUUCAGUUAGAGAGAGAAUGCUUUCAGCGACAUGGUCACGACUGUCCUGCAGGGGUUUGUCCAGCCGAGGACAGAGGACGCUGAGUCUGUUCUCCAGCUCAGGACCUUCAAACUGGAGUAAAGUGGUCUCCGAUGCGGAGAAGAUCGUCGGAUAUCCAACCUCCUUCAUGAGUCUCCGCUGCCUCCUCAGUGAUGAGCUCAGUAAUGUUGCCAUGCACGUCAGGAAGCUGGUCGGGACUCAGCACCCGUUACUCAGCACUGCAAGAGGGUUUGUCUAUGACAACAGGAACAACCUUCAGAUGAGGGGUGUGAUUGUCCUGCUCAUGUCGAAAGCUGCGGGGCCGAGCCACACAGCAUCCGAUCUGUUGACUCAGGAUAUGGUCAGCGGCAUCUACCCCAGCCAGAGGAACCUGGCAGAAAUCACAGAGUUGAUCCACACUGCAUUCUUGGUGCAUCGUGGGAUAGUCAAUCUGAAGGAGUGGACAGUUUCAGAUGGCCCACUGAAGGACAUGCAGUUUGGGAAUAAGAUGGCCGUCCUGAGCGGCGACUUCCUACUGGCAAAUGCUUGUACCGGACUUGCCCAGCUAAAUAACACUAAGGUUGUUGAACUGAUCUCAAGUGCCAUUGGUGAUUUAGUUCAAGGAAUCUACUAUGAGAAUUCCAGUAAUACUGAGGAGAAUAGUCUCACCGAUGGCGUCAACGUGGCGACUUGGGAGGAGCAGGCGUUCUUGUCCCACGGGGCGCUGCUAGCCAAGAGCUGUCAAGCUGCGAUGGAGCUCGCCCAACAUGACAAGGAGUCCCAAAGACUGGCCUAUAAGUACGGCAAGCACCUAUCACUAGGCCACAAGCUGAACUCUGACCUGCAGCCAUUUGUGAAGAGCAGUGUGGGAGAGCCGGCGUCGUUCAAUUUGAGCGCCGCCCCAGUAGUCUUCCACCGUCAGAUCGUCGGCCGGGAGAGAUGGCAUCAGCAGCUGCAGCAGGCAAAAACACAGAGAAACCAACUGGAUAACUCAAAGCUUUUGGCAGCAGUUAAGUCAGAGAAAGGCGUGAGCUCAGCAGUGGACUUAUGCUGUUACCAUGGCAACAAGGCUCUGGAGGCCAUCCAGGCUUUCCCCUCCUCCGAGGCUCGAUCCGCCUUGGAGAACAUCGCCUCCGCCAUCACCAAAUUUUGAUCUGGACACACACCCACACACACGAACACACACACACCCUCACACACACACACACACACACACACACACACUACACAUACUGCUGUUUCAAAAUGUGCAGGCUGAAGUGUCUUCAUCUGCGGAAGCAACUGGACGACACUUAAGAGACAAAUGAACUUGAUUUGAGCCAGGUGCUGGCUCAUGUCUGGAGAAACUGCUCUGCUCGGUUGUGGAUGACAAUGUGCAUCAGAAAUGCAAUGGCUAAAUCCAUAAAUGAUCAUCAUUAAAAACAGAAUUAAAAACACCA